CAAAUAUUUUAUUUGUUAAAUUCUAUUAUAUUUAAAAAUGUAUAAUCGAUUUUAUUUAAAUUUUGUUACUUUUGUAACUAGAUUUUAUUCUAAUGUUUCUAUUCAUAAUAUACAUAAAGUUACAGUUUCACAAUUUAGAGUUUCUAUACAUAUACGAGGUUAUUGUAAAGAUAAUCCAAGUAAAAGAAUAUUUGAAUAUUAUGACAAAUUAAAUACAGAAAAAUUAAAAAUGCUUCUAGAAGAUCCAAAAUAUAAAGCUGUUUACGAUAAAUAUAAUUUAGAAUUGGAAUACAUAAAAUAUAAUACAGGAAAAGUACCUAAAACAUUAACAUCAAGUAACUGGUUACAUUUACUAAAUUCAUCAACAAAAGGAAAAAGAAGAUCUUAUAUAGAAUUUCUUUGGAAAUUAGAACAAAAACAAAAAUGUGAACUACAAAAAAAGUUAGAAUUAAAAAAAAAGAAAGAAAUAAAAAUUAAAAAGGAUAAUAAAUAUUCAUUAGGCAAUUCAUUAUUUAUGCGCAUAUCUGACAAAACAAUAAGUGAGUUUUAUAAUAGCAGGCUGAUAAGUGCUAUGUUACAUGAACCAAUAAUAAUAUAUGAUCUUGGAUAUGAUGAAUAUAUGGAACCAUUUGAACAAGAAAAUUGUGCAAAACAAUUAUUAUUAUCUUUCUCAACAAAUCGAAUGCAUGAGGAACCUUUUAAUCUUUAUUUUUGUAAUACAAACAAUAAUAGUACCAUUAUGCAAAAAUUGCAUAAAUUAAUACCACAUUUAUAUGAACCACAUUUUCCAUUAAAUAUUACUUCAAAAUCCUACUUAGAAAUAUUUGAUAAAAAACAAUUAGUAUAUCUUACUCCUAAUGCUCAAACAAGUCUAAAAAAAUUUGAUCCUAAUCUAAUAUAUAUAAUUGGUGGAAUAGUAGAUAAGAGAGAGUGUAAACCAUAUUCAUUUCAAAAAGCUAACAAAGAAGGUAUUAAAAUGAUGAAGUUACCCUUGAGUGAAGUAUUAAAAUGGGGAGCAGGAUCUUCAAAAAAUCUUCCUAUCAAUCAAGUUCUUUCUAUUAUGUUAGAAUUAAAACAGACUAAUAAUUGGAACAUAGCAUUACGUACUAUACCUAAACGGAAAUUAAGGGAAACAAGAAUAGAGCAACAAAGAAAAAAAGAAAUAAUGAUAUUAAAAUAUUUAAGAUAAAGAUUCUAGAAUUUAAAAUAAUGUGAAUUUUAAAUUAAAAUUAAAUAAA